UGAAACUAUCCCUUAAUUUUACCCGUGAAAUCGUAAACUUCUCAAGCUGCUCUUGUAAAAGAACUACACAUGUCUGCACUGGACAUCAAGGUUAGCUACUCUUCCGGCUUCGAUAACUUCAAAGACAUUAAUUAUGAGGCAUCACUCAAGCCACGCCCCUAAAAAUGAACAUCAGGAAGUAGCGGGUGAUGUGCAGCCAAUCAGCAGCUUUGUUGCCUGCAGUGCGCUCGGAUGGGAUCGACGUAAGUAAGGAAAGACUUUCUACCGACUCACAGUGAGCUGCCAUCUACCUGUACUAAAAAUCCACCUUCAAAGCAGAGGUAGAUCAUGGAGGGGAACCGCGUGGACUUUUACAUCGGCCUGUCUCUGGCUGUCAGCUCCAGCGCUUUUAUCGGAGGCAGUUUCAUCCUGAAAAAGAAAGGUCUGCUGCGAUUGGCAAGCAAGGGCUCGAUGCGAGCAGGUCAGGGGGGGCAUGCCUAUCUGAAAGAAUGGUUGUGGUGGGCGGGGCUUAUUUCAAUGGGAGUUGGAGAAGCGGCCAACUUUGCAGCGUACGCGUUUGCACCGGCCACACUGGUGACCCCGCUCGGAGCGCUGAGUGUGCUUGUUAGUGCAGUGCUGUCUACGUACUUCCUAAAUGAGCGGCUGAACAUUCACGGGAAGGUCGGCUGUUUGCUGUGCAUCCUGGGCUCCACGGUCAUGGUCAUCCACGCUCCACAGGAGGAAGAGGUUGCUUCACUCACCGCCAUGGCUGAGAAGCUCAAAGACCCGGGUUUCAUUGUGUUUGCCGUUUGUGUUGUGGGAAGCAGCCUGGUGCUCAUCUUCGCCGUGGCGCCGCGGUUCGGGCAGAAGAACGUGCUGGUCUACAUCCUGAUCUGCUCUGUGAUCGGCUCGCUCUCCGUGUCCUGCGUGAAGGGGCUGGGCAUUGGCAUAAAGGAGCUGUUUGCCGGGACGGCGGUGCUGAAGGAACCACUCUUCUGGUCUCUGGUCAUCUGUCUGGUCAUCUGCAUAAGUGUUCAGAUUAAUUAUCUGAACAGAGCCCUCGACAUAUUCAACACCUCCAUCGUCACCCCCAUCUACUACGUCUUCUUCACCACGUCCGUCAUGGCCUGCUCGGCCAUCCUCUUCAAGGAGUGGCUGCGUAUGACUGUAGACGGAGUCGUUGGAACCAUCAGUGGGUUUCUCACCAUCAUUUUAGGAAUUUUCCUGCUCCACGCCUUCAAAGACAUCCCAUUCCAUUGGAACUCCCUCCCUCUUUAUCUGCGGAAGGAUCCUCAAGACAUUUCAUUGCAUCAGCAGCCAUAUGUGACGCUUCCUAGCCAUGAUCUGGAAACAGAGGGUGAAGCAGGGCUGUCCAAGUCUGGACACCUGAACGGUGGGUGGAGACAGCAUCAGAGUACAGCCUGAAAGGACACAGUUCUCAGGCUCUCAUCGUCCCCACAAAAAAAAAAAGUAGCUUUAAUGAACAUAAAAAAAUUAGCGACUAAUUUAUUAAAAUAAAAAUUCUGUGUAAGCUGGAAUUUUAUGACACAAAGUCUUCCGUUUAUAGGAAUAGAGAUGUAAAAAAAAAAAUUCACAAGAUUGCACCACUUUUACAUUUUGCACCGAGCAUCUUCCGACAGCAGGUAGCAGACGCGCUAGUAAACGCGCUAGUAAACGGUAGCAAAAGAAGAAGAAGCCCCUCCUUGCUCGUCUAGUGUGAAAACCAUGGGCUAAACUCGCAUUCAAUAAUGUCCAAAGCUUCAUCCCUCACCUACGUUACAUUUUAUUUUUGUUAAAU